CCGUCUCUGCUGCGCCAAGUUGGAGGAACCUGUUGCUCGUCACGGAGGCGCUCCCGCCGAGCUCGGCCCCGCACCUGGCGCUCGCGGCCGGCCGGCCGGCGUCCUGGCUUCGGUGAGCGGCCCGCGGGGGCGGCCGGGCGGCGGCGGCGGCGGCGCGAUGUGGCCCGAGGGCGCGGACGAGCGGCGGGGGCCCGAGCAGCCCCGCGACCGCCCCCGGAGCCCCGCGCGCGCCGCCCUCGAGCGCGAGCACGUGCGCGCGCACCUGCGGGCCCGCCUGAAGCUGCUGGAGGUGGGGAUCCUGCUGGACCGGCUGCAGAGCGAGGUGGACUCGGUGGAGGGCGCCUUGGGUCAGGGCCGCUGCGGGAGCGGCGAGGCGGAGGAGCGGGUGCUGAAGCUGUACGAGAAGGCGGAGAGGAAGGCCGCCGAGGUGGCGCGGAUGGGGCGGAGGAUCGUGGAGCUCCACGGCCAGAUAGACAGCUGCGGCUUCUCCUGAAGGACGCGGGCGCGGAAACUUGAGGUCGGAGUUCUGCAAGAGAGAAGACGCUACUUGGCUGCAGUUGCUGAAGCAGGAAGCCAGACCCCCUUCAGGGAUGUGGACGCUACCGCUUUGGAUCAGAUUGAGAGGGCCCCCGGUGAGAUCGGGGGCUGUUGGGCACAGAGAGCGGCGAUGUCCGCGUUUUGGGAUUCUGCAGUCCGUCAGCUCGGAGGAGGAGAGCUGCGUUCUUUUCAUUUUCUUUGUUUGCUUGUUUCUUUUUUUUUUUUUUUUUCAGAAAUGUAAUUUUUCUGUGGCCUGUAAACUGGUGCACAUCGUGUAACGUGUCUGGUGAGCAACCUAGACUACAGGAUGAGAUCUAGGUACUGUGAGUCUUGGCUGACUCUGAGAUAAACUUUUUUGAUCUAGUCAGGCAUUUCAGGAGCUUCUCUGCCACAACUGCACGUGAUAUUUGCAUGGCUUGGAGGGUUUGGGGAGGACAGCCUGGCGCUGACGGGGGUGGGCCCCAAACUGAUAGCAGGGAGCAUCUUCCAGGCUUAGAGGACCUCUGGCCGAGGUCCUCAGAGCAGAGCUCACAGGAACUGAGAGCAGGGCUCUAGCUUGUGAUAAAGUUCGUUUGCCUGGAACACAAGCAUUGAAAGCCAGUUUUUGGAAUCUUUGUGCAAAGUACCAAAGCCAUUGACUUGGCUGGGAAAAGGUGAGGUAAAUAAAUUUUUUUCACAGUGAAA